AUGACCGACGAUGGAACCCGCGCUGAGGUGGCGGCCAAGCUGCGAGCCGCCCAGCAGCAGCAGAAGAACGGCAGUGGCCGCAAAUUACUGCGCUGGGACGCAGCGCGAUGGCAGCAGUUUGAGAAGACGCCGCAGUACACGACGCGCGUCAAGAGCGCACCCAUUUUGCCCAUCCGCGCGCCGCUCUCCUCUAUCUACGAGAUCCACUUCUCCGCCAGGAAGAGCUAUGCGCCAUCAGCGCUGAUGGAAAAGCUCAUCGCAGACACUCGUUCGGGCUCCGUGGUGAACGUGGGCCUCGUUAUUGAUGCUACGGGCAGCGAUACCUUUCUCCAUGAUGUUAAGGAGUGGGAUGACUGGGACGUUCAGUAUGUCAAGCUGCGCGUCGACUCACCCGAAGACGCUGAGGAGAAGGAUCGCGAUGCCCAUGAUGAUAAGAUGGUAGAAGCAUUCUGCCAAGCUGUGGUGAACCACCUCAAGGGAGAACGAAAAGAUAUGGACGUUGCUGUUUACGGUGCGGAUGGCUACAAUUUUGUAGGCUUCCUCAUUGUCAGCUUCUUGGUGGAGUAUUGCGGACUGAAUCUGGACGCUGCGGUGGACGAGUUUGCGCAAUCGACCGCGCCUGGAAUCUACUCGAGACACUAUCUUGAGAGGUUGUACCGCAAGUACUACAGUACACUACCUUCCGAGUCGACACAACUUGCCGUUCCUGCCCCUCCGCGAUGGGAAAACGACGAAACUCGUAAACGCAAGAGCGCAUCGUCUGUUGGCAAUGAGGUUGUGACGGAACAGGAUAGAGCGAACAAGUUUGUGCGGAAGGAGAAGGUUGCGAUCCCUGGUGCAGAGCCUGCGAAGGCUCUCCCUGUCGACAACGGAAAAGCAACGACGCCUAGCAGUUUUCCCACUCCUCCUGUGUACAAAGCUCCGAUGUACAUACCUCCCGACCGCCAGGACCCACGUCCCGCAAAGCGUCGAAAAAUCCGUUCGUGGAUGGACGAGGUGCAGCCUUUGACGUAUGGUGAGACGCUUGCCACCUCGUCGGAGGAGCACGAGAAGCUGACCAAGUCUCUGGAGAAACUUACGGGUAUUGAGGGUUUUCCUGGAUGUGAGACUAUUCCCUUCACAGCGACACACGUUGCGGAAGGAGCAUACAAGCGCAAGGGCUGCUUGACCAAGGCGUAUCUGGUUACUUGGCGUGCACGAGGCCGCCGGUGUCUUCUCUACGUGACUGCCGACGGAACGUACGUUGUGUCUCGUGACAUGACCUUUACGAAGGUUGAGAUGAAGUUCCCGCGGCGGAGGGCGCCGAAUGAGUUCCAGGUGAACACGCUGAUUGACGGUCUUAUCGUGGAGGAUCAAGAUCACGACACGAAGGUCGCCCGAUACCUGGCUUUCGACAUCAUCUUCUUGGAGGGCACCCCGAUUUGGCAGAAGAAGCUGGAAAAGCGGCUGCAGUGCUUACAGAACGAGAUCAUUGUGCCGCGUAAAAAUGACAAGUCAUUCGACUACACGAAGGAGCCCUUCCGCGUGCGCAUGAAAGACCACUUCCGUCUGGCCAAGACUGAGUACAUGUUGACCAAGUUCGCCAAGAGCGUGACGCAUGAGGUGGACGGCGUCAUCUACACCCCUACGGAGGCCCCGUACAACCUCGGUGGAUUCGAGUGCGAGGAGCCUAUUUUCAAGUUCGUUGCAAGCGAAGGCGGUGGCAUUCCUGGUCUAGACGGAAGUAUUUCGGAGCAGCGGCUUCUCCAGUACAUCGAUUCCAUGCCGAAAUGA